UGCUGUUCACUCCCCUAGUGGAGUUAGAUGAUAAAUGGACACUAGUGUUAUCUUCUCCCUCUCUUCCACCUCACACUACUCUCCAUCUCCACCACACUUCACCACUUCCAUCCUUACCUUAAAACACCAUCCCACCACCACAGUUGUCUCCCUCAAGACUUCCUCAUCUGACUCCCAAGAAAAACCCACCACCUCCACCAGCCUCAGGCGACCCAAUCUUGAAUUUACCAAAAACCCCUUAAAACAGCUCCUUAAUACCCCUCCUUCCACCACCAAGAAACCCCUUAAUACCCCUCAAUCUCAGAAUCUUAAAUUCACUAAAAACCCCUUAAAACUUCUCCUUAAUUCCCCUCCUGCCACCUCACCACCACCCCCACAAAGCCUCACUAACAAACUCUCACCACCAUUAGAAGAAAGUGAGAGUGAUUUGGAUAACUUAGAUGUUGAGGAAAUGCAAAAGAGUAGUGAGUUUAGGGAAAAAGGAAAGAUCUUUAUUGGAAAUUUACCAUUAUGGGUUAAAAAAAAGGAGCUUGGUGAGUUCUUUAGACAAUUUGGGCCAAUCAAGAAUGUAAUUUUAAUAAAGGGUCAUCAUGAGACUGAAAUGAAUAAGGGGUUUGGGUUUGUGAUAUAUGGGGGUUCAACUGCUGAAAAGGCAGCAAUGAAGGCUGUUGAGUUUGAUGGGGUUGAAUUUCAUGGGAGAGUAUUGACUGUUAAGUUGGAUGAUGGGAGGAGAAUGAAAGCGAAAACCGAGGAAAGGAAAAGGUGGGUUGAAGGGGAAGAUGAUGUGGAGUAUAGGUCUAAGUGGCAUGAGGAAAGGGAAGGGUCAAGAAAUGAUUUUAGGAAGGUUUUAGAUACGCAGCCGGAUAAUUGGCAGGCCGUCGUGCAAGCAUUCGAUAGAAUCAAGAAGGUAUUAUGCUUACUGAGGAAAGAGUUUGGUUUAAUGGUGAACUAUUAUGGACGGCGUGGUGACAUGCAUCGUGCACGUGAAACCUUUGAAAAGAUGCGUGCUCGAGGGAUAGAGCCAACAGUUCAUGUAUAUACCAACCUCAUCCAUGCUUAUGCAGUAGCUAGAGACAUGGAAGAAGCACUAUCUUGUGUGAGGAGAAUGAAAGAAGAAGGAAUUGAAAUGAGUCUGGUGACUCACAGCAUCCUUGUUGAUGGAUUUGCUAAACUGGGAAAUAUUGAAGCUGCAGAGCAAUGGUUUAAGGAGGCUAAAGAGAGGCAUCCGACUUUAAAUGCUAUUAUAUAUGGCAGCAUUAUCUAUGCUAACUGCCAAAGAUGCAAUAUGGACCGAGCUGAAGAGUUAAUUAGGGAGAUGGAAGAAGAGGGUAUUGAUGCUCCAAUUGAUAUCUAUCAUAUCAUGAUGGAUGGUUAUACUUCGAUAGGAAAUGAGGACAAAUGUCUCAUUGUAUUUGAUAGACUUAAGGAGUGUGGAUUUACACCUUCAGUUGUCAGCUACGGAUGCUUAAUGAAUCUUUAUAUCAAGAUUGGUAAAGUUUCCAAAGCUUUUGAGGUCAGUCAAAUGAUGAAGUUGGCCGGCAUAAAGCAUAACAUGAAGACAUAUUCCAUGUUGAUCAACGGAUUCAUUAAUUUAAAAGAUUGGGCAAAUGCUUUUGCAGUUUUUGAGGAUGUGAUAACGGAUGGUUUGAAGCCAGAUGUGGUCCUUUAUAAUAACAUUAUCAGAGCAUUUUGUGGCAUGGGUAACAUGGAUCGUGCUGUACGUAUAGUUGAGGAAAUGAAAAAGGAGAGGCAAAGACCUACUUCGCGAACCUUUAUGCCAAUUAUACAUGCCUUUGCUAAAGCUGGAGAAAUAAGAAAAGCACUUGACAUCUUUGAUAUGAUGAGGAGGAGUGGGUGCAUCCCAACUGUUCAGACUUUCAAUGCAUUAAUUCUUGGCCUUGUUGAGAAGCGUCAGAUGGAGAAAGCUGUGGAUGUUUUAGAUGAGAUGUUGCUUGCAGGAAUUAGGCCAAAUGAACGUACGUAUACAAGCAUUAUGGAUGGUUAUGCAUCUCUUGGUGAUACAGGAAAAGCGUUUGAAUAUUUUUCAAGAAUUAAAGAUGAGGGUCUGGAACUUGACAUAUAUACAUAUGAGGCAUUACUCAAGGCAUGUUGUAAAUCAGGCAGGAUGCAAAGUGCUUUGGCAGUUACAAAAGAAAUGAGUGCCAAAAACAUCCCGAGGAACACCUAUGUGUACAACAUAUUAAUUGACGGAUGGGCUCGAAGAGGUGAUGUUUGGGAGGCUGCUGACCUGAUGCAACAAAUGAGACAAGACGGGGUUCAACCUGACAUCCAUACCUAUACUUCUUUUGUAAAUGCUUGUUGUAAAGCUGGAGACAUGCAGAAAGCGACAAACACAAUUCUAGAGAUGAAAAGGGUUGGGGUUAAACCAAAUGUUAAAACUUACACCACUCUCAUACACGGUUGGGCACGGGCUUCACUUCCUGAAAAGGCUUUAAAAUGCUUUGAAGAGAUGAAGCAAUCUGGUUUGGAGCCGGACAAAGCCGUAUAUCAUUGUUUAAUGACGUCACUGUUGUCAAGGGCCACGGUUGCCGAAUAUUACAUUAUAGCGGGGAUCCACCACGUUUGUGAAGAGAUGGUGGUGUCCGGAUUGACUGUUGAUAUGGGAACUGCAGUUCAUUGGUCCCGAUGCUUGCAGAAGAUUGAGAGGACCGGAGGUGAUUUAACAGAAGCACUUCAGAAGACAUUUCCUCCUGAUUGGAAUUCCUACAGAAAUCUUAAUGCAGCUUCAAAUGAAACUGGGAAUAAUGAAGGGUUAGACAACGGUGAUUACAACGAUGGUCCUUUCUUUGAGAACGACAGUGAUAUUGACAGUGACGAUGAUACAAACGCCCCUGAGAUGUAAUUAGAAGUUAGCGCUCUAUCCAUCUGUUUAGAUGUAUUAGGUUGAGCUAUUUGUGUAGAAAAUACAGAAAAGAGGUCUUAGAUAUAGAUGAAAUUUUGACGCUUAGUUCAUGUCAAUAUAUGCAAAAUUCAAUCUAUCCUUGUUGUGACACAAGUAAAUAUAAUUUUGUUUCCCUCCAGAUAUCUUGGAGAAAUUGUAGCUAACAGAGUUCAUUAUUCUUCA